AUGUCCGCGCAUCAGGCUCCCCCCGGCCGCGACUUUGCGUACCCCGCCGUCGGCGCAUACGACCGCCGCGCAGCCCCUUCCGGCAGCGGGCCCGCCGCCAUGUACCCGCGCGUGGCGCACCCCGUGCCGUCCGCGGCCCCAUUCUCCGGCGGGGGCGGCACGUCCCUCCACAUGCCGGUCGUGACGGCCGUCGGCGCAGGCGCGCCUACCGGGGGCUUGGGCGGGAUGGGCGGAAUGGGCGGACACGGCACAGGUGGCGGAGCGCCAGCGCUUGCUGCAGGCCCGGCGCCCAUCGCCAUGGCUAUCAAGACAGAGCUGCGGGUCGCACAGCCUCCCCCACUAGCGCCCGUACAACCAGUGGCAGUGAGCGCAGCGGCGUUUGACUUCGACGUGGAGAAGCAGCUGCUGUCUGAGGCGUCGGCACUGCGCCAGCGCACCAGCGUGGCUGUGAAGCGCGAGGUGGACCCACGGGCCAGCAAGUACAUACAAAUGGGCAUGAACAGAGAGGCAGUCAUCAUGGCACUCACCAUGCACGGCGACUCUCACUCACAGGUGGUGGAUUUCUGCAAUGCAUACACGUUGCUAAGAGAGAUGGGUUUUGACCCGGUGGCCGUGGCGGGCUGUCUGGCCCUCUGUGGCAACGACCGCGACCGGGCGCUGCAGCUGCUAGUCGCCUGA